GUGGUGGGCCCAUAUGUUUUGCCAUUUCUUUUUCAUGCGGAGCAUGUAUGUUCACAAUGCAUGGUAGGAAGUGCGUGUGAGGCGCCGGGUGUCGGGUGUGAGAAACAGAUCCAGUCUCGAACUUCUGACCUCGUUUUAACGUGCGCGUGGGGUGCUUGUUGUCAGGGAUUUCAUGUUUCUAAAUCCUGGUGAAGCAAACAAAGCUUCAUUUUCUCUCGCCGUCUUAUCUUAACCCGCCGAAAUCGAGUUCAGUGUGUUUAGUCAUUGUUCGGUUGCAUAUUGCUCUGGUGUCUGUUGAUGGCGCUCAGCGUCUAUAUGCGUGUCAGUUCUAUAUCUGUUACGCCUAGAAAGCUUCGAAUCCCUAAUGGUGUUAGAAGCGUUGGAGGCUGCGUUGCUUCUGCGGUGAAUAACGAUCCCAAACCUUCAGUUGGCAUUUAUGCGGAUUCUACUCCGAGGGCUCGAUUUGUUGCGAGGCGGUCCGAAACGGUUUCUGUUCAACUGCUCGAACGCCCACUAAGAGACUAUAUGAGCUUGCCUGCAAGCCAGUAUUCUGUUUUGGAUGCCGAGAGGAUUGAACGGGUUGAUGAUAAUACCUUUCGCUGUUAUGUGUACCGGUUUAAAUUUUUUGCUUUUGAAGUCUGCCCUGUCCUGCUUGUUAGAGUCGAGGAGCAACCUAAUGGCUGUUGCAUUAGGCUUUUGUCCUGCAAGUUGGAAGGUUCAGCAGUCGUAGUUGCACAGAACGAGAAAUUCCAUGCCUCAAUGGUGAAUCAAAUAUCUUGUGGUAACGAACAGGAUAACUUGUCAGUCCAGGAGCUCACCUCAGAUACAACCAUUGAGGUUUCAAUUGAUAUCCCAUUUCCAUUUCGAUCAAUUCCGGUGAAUGUGAUUGAAUCAGCUGGAACUCAAGUCAUUGAACAAAUACUAAGGAUAAUGCUUCCCAGAUUUAUGAGACAGAUAAACAGAGCCUGAAGAUCACUAAACGAGCAAUAUCAGGUGGCGACCUGCACUAUUACCAGCUUACAUUGCUACAGGCGACAAAUUAGCUCUUUUUUCCAACUGAUUGAUGCAUCUGUACACUUGAGAAAGUUUUAGAAAAUUAAGACUCAUGAAUUAUUGUUCUUUUUUGUCCAUCUAAUUAAAUGUUGAUUUACUCAAGGUUCACAAUUUCGAUUUCGAUACAGGCGUAUUGUAUCAUAUUGGCAUUCAGCAGGUCUAAGAUACACCAUUUUUUCAGGAA